AGUAACCUGGUCAACUGCGAAACAAGAAACCGGCUCUCCCUCUUUCUCUCUCUUCUACGAGACUACAACCACAACUGUACAUGCAUAAAAGGUAUAUCACACCAUUCAGAGUAUUGAUCGUGGCGAUCUUCUGCAUCAAGCACUCAAAUUCAAUUUAGACACCUACCCGAUCAAAUUGAAAAAAGAAUAAAUAAAGUAUUAUCAUUAUGGCAAGGAAGAUGCUUAUUGAUGGGAAGCUAGGCAAUCCCAAUGGAGAGGAGACUCACUAUGACUUUGAUUUGUUUGUGAUUGGAGCCGGUAGUGGUGGAGUCCGUGCCUCGCGAUUUUCAGCACAGUAUGGAGCUAAGGUUGGGAUCUGUGAGCUCCCAUUUCAUCCUAUAAGCUCUGAAGUUAUUGGAGGAGUUGGCGGAACGUGUGUAAUUCGUGGUUGUGUUCCCAAAAAGAUUUUGGUCUAUGGUGCUUCCUUUGGGCCUGAACUGCAGGACGCGAGGAGUUAUGGGUGGGAACUGAAUGAGAGAAUUGAUUUCGAUUGGAAGAAACUUUUGCAGAAAAAGACAGAGGAAAUAGUCAGAUUGACUGGUAUCUAUAAGCGAUUACUUGCAAAUGCGGGAGUUAAACUAUUUGAAGGAGAGGGAAGAGUUGUUGGUCCUAAUGAAGUUGAAGUGGUCCAAUUGGAUGGCACCAAGAUUAGCUAUUCAGCAAAAAACAUUCUGAUUGCAACGGGAAGUAGGGCUCAACGUGUAGCUAUCCCAGGGCAGGAAUUGGCUAUAACAUCUGAUGAGGCAUUGAGCUUAGAAGAGUUACCUAAGCGAGCUGUUGUAUUUGGGGCGGGGUACAUUGCUGUUGAGUUUGCUUCAAUAUGGCGUGGGAUGGGUGCAACAGUUGAUUUAUUUUUCAGAAAGGAACUCCCUUUAAGAGGAUUUGAUGAUGAAAUGCGAGCAGUGGUUGCAAAAAAUCUAGAAGGCAGGGGUAUUAAAUUGCAUCCUACAACAAACUUAACUGAGCUGGUGAGGACAGAAAAUGGUAUAAAAGUUUGCACUGAUCAUGGUGAAGAAUUGAUGGCUGAUGUGGUACUCUUUGCUACUGGUAGGGCCCCCAACACAAAAAGAUUGAAUCUCGAAGCUGUAGGUGUUGAACUUGAUAAGAUUGGAGCUGUUAAGGUUGAUGAAUACUCUCGAACAAACCUACCUACCGUAUGGGCUAUAGGUGAUGUUACGAACCGCAUGAAUCUUACUCCUGUUGCUUUAAUGGAAGGGAGCUGUUUUGCAAAAACCGUUUUUGGCGGAGAACCUACGAAACCUGAUCAUACUAAUGUUCCCUGUGCUGUCUUCUGUAUACCACCAUUGUCUGUAGUUGGGCUCAGUGAAGAACAGGCUAUAGAGCAAGCAAAUGGUGAUAUUUUGGUUUUCACAUCAACGUUUAACGCAAUGAAGAACACCAUUUCUGGACGGCAAGAAAAGACAUUUAUGAAACUUGUCGUGGAUGCUGAGACUGAUAAAGUUCUUGGAGCGUCCAUGUGUGGGCCAGAUGCACCUGAGAUCAUGCAGGGCAUUGCUAUUGCACUCAAAUGUGGAGCAACCAAAGCACAAUUUGAUAGCACGGUCGGAAUACACCCUUCGGCUGCUGAGGAGUUCGUGACAAUGCGGUCUAUCACGAAACGAAUAGCUGCCGGUAAACCAAAGACAAACCUAUAGACAUUAAUAGGCGAUUUAUGGAGUAUUGAUUCAAAGAUGUUUACAGCUGCAACAGUGAAAUAACAAGUUGAAAUUUAGUUUAUGCAAUUUGGUUGUAGUGUUGUAUUUGGAAAAGAACUUGCACCUUACUUUUGCAAUGCCUUUUGUGUCAAAACUACUAUUCAUGAUGAAUAAAAGUAGCUGCAUUUUGUGUUUUGAGCUU